AUGCCGGUAGCCUCUGCCAGCUGGCGGGCGGUGAAAAUGAAUCAGCCGAGAGGCUCAGGGGACGCGAGUUGGGCAGGCGCUUGCGGCGGCGUCGACUACGAUGCGAUUCGUCGGGACUAUCUACGCUGCCUUCACCAGCUUCAGAGCGAAGAAGAAGCUCGCCACGACGUGCUCGAGGCGAACCGCUGGGGCCAGCUGCUGCGCAUGCCAGCGCACCCGCGCGCGAGUCCUCUCUGCUGCCAGUUCCAAGACGCGAGAAACUUUGGACGAGCCCACGAAGAAGCACGCAAUUACGUCCUGGGGGACCUGACGGGAGAGGACGCCUACGCAGAGAUGCGUCGAGCCUACAUUUGCCACAUCCAGCGAGUUCAGAACGACGAAAAGGCCGUGUGGGAGAGAGCAAGGCAGGCGCCCCCCGCCGCGAGCUGGGAAACGCGUAGCGACAUGGGCGAGGAGGUUGAUUGUUCCGGAGCGAAUGCCUUCGGCGCACCUGUGGCUGCCGACGUGGUGUCUUCUCCUGGCCGCGGCGGCGCAGACACGCCUUCACUCCGCAUUCGUGGAACGACGUGCCUGCUGUGCAGAGAGCAGCUGCGGCCUCUCUUGAGCCGAAACGGCUUAAGACCCCCUCAGCGUCUAUCUCCGACGCCGUCGCCUGUCCUCCUGCCCCCUUCGUUGUCUCCGAGCCCUGAGUUUCCUUUGGCCUCUCUUCACGCAGCUCCUACCGCCGCCUGCGUGCCGCUCCACGCGAAAAAGCCUGUCACCUCGCUUCGCGUCUCCUCUCCCUGCGCUGCGCUCUCGCCUGCGGCAUCGUCGCGCCAUUCCCACUUUUCUUCUGCCGUCUCGGCGCCUUCGGCAGCGCCUCUGUCUGCUGUCGGUGUCCCCCACGCCUCGCUUCCAGCGCCCGAUCCCUGGAAUGUCUCUUCCCCAAACCCGCCCGCGUCGCUGACGACUUUCUCAUCGCGCUCGUCGUCUUCGUCGCUGGUUGCGCCUUCAGCUGUCUCCCCUGCAGGCUCCGGUCACUUGGCUGCAGCGGAAAACAGCACGCGAGUGCAAGGUCUUCCUCUCUUUUCUCCGGAAGAAUGCGCAGCGCAAUCCCAUUCACGAAAGUCGCACGGAGCUUCGCCUCUCGAUUCACGUUCGCCCGCGUCCAUCUCACCGCGUCAGUUGCCUCCGCUGCCGAUCGCUUUGUCGGUCGCCCGGUCCGCUGCAACUGCAUGCUUGUCGGCUGCCUGCUGGGCGUCCGGUCCUUUCGCCUCAGCGCCUGCGUGGCCUUCUCUCGCGUCCGGCUCCCUCUCGCCGCCUCCGCCUCCGGUUGCUUCAUCGCCCUCUUCCUCUGCGCCUCUCUCGAGGCACUGCGAGUCGAACCCGGCAGGCGCGCAGGCCACCCCUCCCCUCGCGCUUCUCCCAGACCCUCAGCCCGCAUCUUCGCGCCCUCCGCGGCCUCUUCAGGUUUCGGCACCUUUCAGGUCUGCAGCGCUCUUUCCUCUCGAUCUGUGGACUGGUCGCCCUCGCCGCGCCUGUGCGACGAGGAGGUCUCCGUCCUGCGUUUUUCCGCUUCCGCCAGUCACUUCGUGCGCGCGCGGGGUGACGGCGCGGCUCGCGGCGGUCGCGGCUCGCUCGCCGCCUUGCCGCCGAAGCCGCGGAGCUUCAGUUGAAAACUCGUCGCCGGAUGACGCGCAGCCCGCCUCCUCGCAGAUCCAGCGAGGCGCUUCUCUGCCGCCGCCUUGCGAAGGAACGCCCCUGGCUGCGGCGCGCCCCCCGCCAGCUCCUCCGUCGUGCGGUCCGCGCGUAGAUCUCCGCGGCCCGGCGGCGCCAAGAGCGUCUCGUACCACACUGGCGAGCAGCUUACAGGAAACAGAGAACGUGCCCGCGUCGCCCCCCGCGUCUCAGAGACUGUCAUCGCCGUUGGCGUUGCCUCUCCAGCCUUCACUCUGCUCUGCUGUCUCCGCUCUGUCUGCGCGUUCGUCCCUGCUCCCCGUCGCUCCGUGGCUUUCGCCGGCGUGUCCCUCGACGCCGGCGCCCGCGUCCGUGUCGGAGUCUUGUGCAUCCGGCUCCUUUUACUCCUGCCUCUCCGCGCCCUCUCCCGGCGCUGGAGGCUUUCUAGGGCCUCCCAGCGACAGAGCGCUGUCUCCGUCGUCGGUCGUACUGUCCGCGCCUUCGAGCCUUUCGCAGCCCCUCUCGCCGGCGCCAUCUCGCUGCGCGUUUUUGGCUUCCUCGCCCUCUAAGUCCGCGUCGGCCUCCGCGACGGUAGCAGAGAACCGCGCCGCGUCCGCUGCCGCCAGUUGCUCUGCCGCUGUCGUCUUCCCUGAAGCCGGGGAACCCUGCCUGCAUCCCUCUGCACUGCUUCACGAAGAAGGCCAGAGUGCCCACGCAAGUCUCUCGGUGCAUUCGGCGUCUCCCGCGUCUUCGAGAGCUUUUCUGGAUGCGUCUCGACUCGCGCCUGCGCGUUCGCUUCGCUGGGGCGACGAGCCGGCCGAGACACGGGGGGACCACAGAGGGGCGCCGCUGCGUCUCGACGACUCGAAACGCGAAGCAAACGCGCCGCAACCUCGCAUGCCUUCUGGCAAGGUCGCCGCAGUCCUCGCCUGCCGGGAGGUGAUUCGCCACGAACUCCAGACGCGGCUUUGCCAACGCGGGCCUGCGAGAGGCGCCGCUGGGGGAGAACGGGAAGCGGCUUCUGGUCCGUUCUUUGAAGGCGAAGUGAGUUCGCACCGUUUCUUCCUUCGCGAAGCGAGUUCAGGUCUUUUCUCCGAGCGCGAGGUGUUAGAAGACGGCCGAGGGGGCGAAGGCCGAGACGCGGGCGUCGAGGGUCUCCACUGGGGAGGCUGUGCCCUGGGUGGCGGCGGCAACGGGGCCCUCGCGAGAGGAGCAAGUGCCGACGACGCAAAUGGCGAGGAGGAGACAAAGGGGCCGCUCGCCCGGGAAACGGUCCGCGUCGAGGCAGCCGGAGCCGCCGAGAGCGGCGAAAACUGCCUCCUGCGGCAGGAGCUCCGUCCUGCGCGCUUUGGAGACAAGAAGCUGGGAGACACCUGCCGAAACGAGCGUUGCGCAGUGCCGAGGCCAACCGCCGCUUUUGCGCGUUCGACAGGGGGUCAGAUGCCCCGGGGGGGACGGGGGGAUGCCUCUGCUCACGAGGCUGGACAGAGUCUCCCGCAGAGCUUCAGGCGAACUCAGGCACUGCGAUGCGACUCUCACACCCCUGCUCGGCACGCGAGCGCCGAGAAGAUUCCCCGCAUCAGGCGGCCGCCAGCGCAGACGACGGGGGAGGGCGCGAGCCGAAAUGGGGAGCCUCGCGACCUGAAGUGUUUCGAGGAAGCCAGCCCAGGCGGAUGCGGAGAGGAAGGCGACGAUCGACUGCCUGCAGCAUUUUUGGCGAGAGUGAGAGGAGGCACGGCUGCGCGCGGCGUGGAAACGAGGAGGGAGCGAGGAAUGCUAGACCGAGGCAGAGCGGCGACCUUGCUGUUUCAUAGAUUCGCCGAAAUACGCGGCUUGAUUGAUCGCGGAGGCGCCGGUGACCGCGCAGGAGAGGGAGGCGGCAGCAAGCGGCAGCACGAGAUGUAG